AUGGCGCUGUCUCUAUCCAACUUCCUCUACUCAAUAGCACUUCUGACCAGUAUUGUUGCCGCUGAGACGCGGACCUAUGAUUUCGAUAUUGGCUGGGUUCGUCGCAAUCCUGACGGACAGCAGGAACGAUCCGUUGUUGGCAUCAACGGACAAUGGCCAAUUCCCAGGAUAGAGGCUAACGUGGGCGACGUCGUGGUCGUCAACGCAAAGAACAGUCUCGGAAACAGAACCGACUCGAUCCACUUCCAUGGCCUGUACCAGAAUGGUACUACUCAUAUGGACGGCGCUGGUUCAGUCAGCCAAUGUCCCAUUCCUAGCGGAUCAACCUUCACAUACAACUUCACUGUCGACCAGCCUGGCACAUACUGGUACCACUCGCACGUUGAUGGCCAAUACCCAGACGGGCUGAGAGGUCCUCUCAUCGUUCAUGAUCCAGAAAAUCCUUUCAAGGAUCAGUAUGACGAGGAGCUGGUCCUGACGUUGUCGGACUGGUACCAUGAUGAGAUGCCAGACCUUCUCUCCGGCUUCCUAUCGGUGACCAAUCCCACCGGAGCCGAGCCUGUGCCCAACUCCGCGCUCAUGAACGACACGCAGAAUGCGACUAUCAGCGUGCAGCCGGGCAAAACCUACUUCUUGCGCAUCAUCAACAUGGCAGCCUUUGCUCCACAGUACUUCUGGAUCGAAGGCCAUUCUUUCAAGAUUAUUGAGGUUGACGGCAUCUACACUGAAGCCACUGAGGCGGACCAGCUUCAUAUCUCUGCCGCACAGAGAUACGGUGUGCUCCUGACGACCAAGAAUACCACAAAUGAGAAUUUUGCCAUCGUCGGCUCUAUGGACACCGAUCUCUUUGACGCAAUUCCGGACGGGCUGAAUCCUAAUGAGAUCACCGAGUUCGAGCCCUUCGAUGAUUUCUACCUCGUUCCUCAAGACAAAGAAGAGCUUCUACCAGAGCCAGAUAUGCAGAUUCAGCUCGACGUCGUGAUGGACAACCUCAACAAUGGCUUCAACUAUGCCUUCUUCAACAACUUGACUUGGACGAAACCUGUGGUGCCAACAUUGUACACUGUGCUCUCCGCACCUCCCUCUAUGCUCAACGAAGCUCGGAUCUAUGGUUCGAACACCAACACCUUCGUAUUGCCACACAUGUCAGUAGUCGAGAUGAUCGUCAAUAAUCACGAUCCUGGCAAGCAUCCUUUCCAUCUUCAUGGUCACGCCUUCCAGACGAUCAUUCGAUCUGACGAGGAAGCUGGUGAUUAUGACCCAAACAAUGCCACCGACCGGGACUUUCCGGCUACACCAAUGCGACGAGAUACGGUUCUCAUGCGGCCCAAUGGUCAUCUCGUUCUCCGGUUCCGGGCUGACAAUCCUGGCGUUUGGAUAUUUCACUGUCAUAUCGAGUGGCAUGUCUCUAGCGGCCUGAUCAUGACUUUCGUUGAGGCGCCCGAGCAAUUGAGAGCCAACCUCUCAGCCUCUCACACAGUUCCGCAAGAUCACUUCGAUGCUUGCAAUGCCCUCUCACCGCCAGUUCCGACGUACGGCAACGCUGCUGGCCACGGUGCAGCAUCUUCAGAGGAGCAAGUGCUCGGUGCUCGUGACAUUGAUGAGGAUGAUUGGCUCAACUUCGAAGGCGAGAAUGUCCAAGCUCCACCACUGCCAUCAGGCUUCACUGCUCGUGGGAUAGUUGCGCUUGUGUUCAGCUGCAUCUGCGGCAUACUUGGUUGCCUUGUUAUUGCGUGGUAUGGUCUGGGCGAGAUGGGCUCCGUCGCGCUUGCACGCGAGCAGCGCAAAAUUGAUCAGCUGGAACAGGACAGUCAAAGCAUGGGUUCGACUCAAGGCUCUAAUGAGAAGUCUGGUCACGGUACUCAGGUGCUGAGACAUGUGAUGGGCAAGUAA